AUGGAAGCCUACAUUGCGAGUCUACUUCGCGAGAAUGCUGCCACCAACCUUGUCAUUGUCAGGGAUGAUGCUCUCAUUUCCAGCGAGAGAAGGCAGUGCAUGGAUGAAGAGCCAUCAUCCUCGGAUGAUGAGCAUUAUUGGCACAGGCCGUCCUCAUUCAAAAACACACCAGAUGUGAACCCAGCACCCACAAUUCCUGCUAGAAAAGAAAGUAACGACUCCCUUCAUAUUCUUUCCGCUUCCAACGAAAUUCCACAACAUCAUGGCUUUUUGGACAAGUUUCGUGGAUUAAGAAAUCGUGCCUUGGGCCACAAACGCAAGAACAAGGUUAGUACAUAUGAUGAAGGGAAGGAAAGCGAAGACGUCUUUCCCAUGUCGACGGAGAAUCCACACAUCAACAUGGAGAACACACAGAGAAAUGGUUGGGAUGGUGCACGUUCUCCAAUGGAAAGCAUUGACGAGUUAUGGCAAGAUAGCUCUCCACCUACAUUACCACUUCGCAAAAAGAGUGAGGAUAGUCUUAUUGAGCAGCAAUCGGAAUUCACCAGUCGAUAUCAGCCAAGAAGGUCGUAUCAACGACGAGGUUCAUUAGAUAGCGCGCUAGUAGUUUCACCAGAUUGCCAGCCCAAAAGCCAUUCUAAACGAAGAGGCUCAUUGGAACAUGCUGUGGACAGCACCGAACUUUUAUCUCCAGAAUGCAAGACUAGAAAACAUUUUCAACGAAGAAGUUCACUGGAUAAUUCAUUGUUGUUGACCAUUGACAAGUCCAAGAAACGCGUCCACCGUAGAGGUUCAUUGGACAAUGCCAUUAUCCUUCCAGAUGAGCAAACCAAGCAUCACUUUGAAUGGCAAGGAACCUUGAAUAACGCGUUGUUGUCAUCUGAUGAGCAGACUAGACAGCACUUUGGCAGAAGAAGCUCAUUGGAUAAUGCUUCAAUGUUAGUGGAUCAGAAGACUAGACUGCACCAUCAACGGCGAGAAUCAUUGGACUGCGCGCUUUUGUCAUCUGAUAUCGACUCUAGCAAGCAAGGUGGAUUUCAACGUCGAGGAUCGAUGGACAACACGAUGAUGCCCAUUAGCCAACCCAAUCGUCGAUUUCAACGACGAAGUUCAUUGGACAACGCAAUGACAUCUUCCAACCAUCAGGCUCAGCUCCGUUUUCAAAGACGAAGCUCCAUAGACAACGCGAUGGUGCAGCAGCUUAUUGACCAUGAAACAGUACAAGGUUUUACUCCAGCUGAGCAAUAUAGGCCACACGAGAACUGCGACAGCAGCGAGGAAGAUGUCGCAAUGGUAGCGUCAGUUAUCACCGACGUGCCACUAGCUCCCGAACCUGACCGCGGCCUUAAGCAACGAAUUAUGUCCAAGCUGAAUUCACCGAGAUGGCGAGGAAAGAUCGCAAUGUCCUCGGAUCGUUUCCGAGCAUCUAGCAUCCAUGACGAGUACGGCUGCAAGGCUGCAGCGACAUCCAAACAAGUUGCUGACGAAUCUAGGUCUCGAAUGCAAACAACUGCUGCACCAUGUCCUCAGCGGAUCAGUGACAGCCAGCUGUCUCUUGUGUCGCAAGAGUCAGGAGGACGUACAUGA